CACAUUGUUAUUUAUACGAGAAAGGAGAGUGCGCGAUGAUCGAAAAAAUAUUAUGGCAAUGGCUCAUGGUGUUACGGAGAACUUGUGAUCUAAGACGAUCGAUAAGAUCCGAGCUCAUAGCUAAUUAAUUAUGUGUAGAUUUUGUGGUGUUAUAUAUCUUAUAAAGAUCGUCGAUGAUUUGUCCUUCGAUCUUGUUUAGCUCAUUUCAUUCGAAGAUAAUGGAAGAAGAACUUCUUCUUGAAAAGUUUUCAUCAACAUAAAGGAUCGAAAAGGAUCGAAGAGGAAAAGGAGGAAGAAGAAGAAGAAGAGGAAGAAGAAGAAGAAGAAAAGAGCAAGAAGGCGAGCAAUAUCAAAUCACGUAACAUGGUAGAGAGUAUCUAUGCUGGUGAUUCACCGAGAUCACGUUCUCCGAUGACGGAACCAUCGAGUCCUCUUCAAGAUGGUCCCGGUAUAUCCGGUUACAAUCAUCGUUAUUUAUAUAAUUAUUCACCGGAGGGCCCACAACAUAAAUUAAAAAAUCACGAUGCCCAAAAUCAUGCGUCUUCGAGGCGGCACGAAGUCGAAUCACGGGAAAGAACGUUCUCCAGAAGUCCAGUGAGUUCGGAAGAGGCAGGUUAUCGACCUCGUGAAAUCUCAAGGCCGAGUUCCUCCGCUACCAUGUCCUCGCCCACCUCUCUAUUUACCAUCGACAGUAUCCUAGCACCUAGACCGAUCGCUAAUAUACCCCCUACAAGUACUACGAGCUUAAACUCCAUGAUACAGAAUCCGGAAACCGUCGGUUCACCUUCGAGGACAACAACCAUUCAUCCUCUUCAACAACAGCUUCAUCAUUUGGCCUUCACCUCGGCGGAUUUUUUCGCCGCCGCAUAUCCUGCCUUAUAUCCAGGACAAUAUGUAGCUGCUAUGGCUGCUGCAGGUGUUUCUCUUCAUGGACAACCUACGUUUUAUCAUACUGGUCAUCCUUAUCAGAUGAAUCCAAGUACACCAGGUGUUGGUCCAAUGACGAAAAGGAAACGUCGUCAUCGGACGAUAUUUACGGAAGAACAGUUGGAACAAUUGGAAGCGACUUUUGAUAAAACGCAUUAUCCCGAUGUCCUGCUUAGAGAACAAUUGGCCCUUCAGGUUGAUCUCAAGGAAGAAAGAAUCGAGGUAUGGUUCAAGAAUCGUCGUGCCAAGUGGCGCAAACAAAAACGCGAGGAACAAGAACGCAUGCGAAAACUCCAGCUGGAACAACGUCAACACAACGAGGAUGGAGUAUCGACGGCAUCGAUUAGGGUUACCGAUCAUUUAACCUUGACCAGACAACAACAGCAACAACAGCAGCAACAGCAACAACAACAACAACAACAACAACAGCAGCAGCAACAGCAGCAACAACAACAACAACAACAACAGCACGAACAAGAAACUGACAGUUCCGAUCUGGAGGUCGCGUAGUCGCUAAAGGACUUCGUCCAAAUCGUUUUUUCACCGUGCGUCGCCAUUGAAGCCGCUGGAGGUUGACUUUUCUUCUCGCUUGGGAAGCCUGUAAAUACGGAACUAGAAUGUAAAUAUUCCUGUAAAUAUGGCUAACGAUGAAUGUGUAUAAACGAAAUAAAUUAUUGCA